GAGGGAGGCCCGGCCCGGCCCAGCCAUGGCCCCGCCGCCCGCAGCGCUCUGCCUGUUCGACGUGGACGGGACCCUCACGGCCCCGCGCCAGAGGAUCUCGCCGGAGAUGGCGGCGUUCCUGCAGCGGCUGCGGCAGAAGGUCAAGGUUGGCGUGGUGGGAGGCUCCGACUUCGCCAAGAUCCGCGAGCAGCUGGGCGAGGACGUGGUUGAAAAAUAUGACUACGUGUUUCCAGAAAAUGGUCUUGUAGCGUACAAGGAUGGGAAAUUCCUGAGCAAGCAGAGCAUUCAGGGUCACCUGGGUGAGGACAUUCUUCAGGAUCUAAUCAACUACUGCCUGAGUUACAUUGCAAAGAUUAAACUGCCAAAGAAGAGAGGCACUUUCAUUGAGUUCCGGAAUGGGAUGUUAAAUGUGUCCCCCAUUGGAAGGAGCUGCAGCCAGGAAGAACGACUUGAGUUCUAUGAACUCGAUAAAAAGGAGCAUAUAAGAGAGAAAUUUGUGGCUGAUUUACGAAGAGAAUUUGCAGGCAAAGGCCUCACAUUUUCUAUAGGAGGGCAGAUAAGCAUUGAUGUGUUCCCCGAUGGCUGGGACAAGAGGUACUGCUUAGGAAUUGUUGCCAAUGAUGGAUACAAGACGAUUUAUUUCUUCGGAGACAAGACUAUGCCAGGAGGGAAUGACUAUGAAAUUUUCACAGACUCCAGAACAGAAGGCCACAGCGUCACAUCCCCCGAGGAUACCAGAAGAAUCUGUGAAGAGCUAUUUUUUAAAUAGAAGACUUUUAGAAUUCACACUUACAGGACGGUUAAAACAGCUUAAUAACUUGAAACAUCCUCUUCAUUCUGUAUUGUGUUUUGUAACUGUGUAAUGAAUAGGAGGUGCUUUGCAGGUCAGUCAUUACUGAAGGGAAGUGUUUUAAUUGAAGAGCCCUUGCUGAUCAGGGGAACACAGCAGAGCACAUUUAGCACCAUCCUUUCAAGUACUGUUUUCUUUGUGUUUGGGUUGGUUUAUAUUUUUUAUUGGUUUUUUAAGUCAUCAGUAAACAUCCUUAACUAAUUAAUUACAUUUUAGGGGGCAAGGGCGGGCAUAAUCUGCCUCUAGUUGAUUUAUGGCCUUGAAAUUUGCCUGCAAGGCUUUAUCCCUAGUUUUUUUAUUUUGAGGCUGCUUUUUAAAAGAUGAGCAUUUUAUAAGAGUUAUUUUUUUAAAUACUGCCUUAUGCUACAAAAUCAUGAAUUAUAAGACAUUUGGGACUUUCUUGACUAAAACUGGAAGAUGAGUAGAAGAGAAAGGAUUUAUUUCUUCAUGGAGCUGGGAAGAUUGAACUGAGCCAUAAGUUCCUGAUCCCAUGUGUGUUCCAGUGUGUGGUCAGAAGGUGCUUCAAGUCUCCCACCCCUGGGAAGGCUGGACCAGCUGGGGCCACAGUUACCUCCUCAGAAUGGUUGUGUUGUCAAGGUACAGUCGGAUCAUGGUACCUACAAUCUGUAGACUAUUUAAAAAAUAAAAAAAAAAUGGUAAAGAUAAUCAAAGUAACUUCAUCACAGUAACAAAAUAUACUUCUGUCACUUUCUGAUAGUUUUCUGAUUUUCUUUUUAAGAAAGAAAUUAAGGUUAAAUGAGAUUUUAGCACUAAGAUAAUGACCUGAAUUAUGUUUCUCUUAAAAUUCAAGUCAACAUCUGACAAUCCAUGUAACUGUUAAUAUUACCUUUCUCAUCUGGCAUUAUAAAAGUAAUCUUGUGUAUGAACAAUUUAGUAAAGGAGAAUCAAAUCUCAUAAUGAAAAAUUACUGUUUCACUUUGUCAUUUUGGCAAAUAAAAUACUUUAAGCAGAA